AUGCCAGGUCACAAGCUAUGCAUUUACUUUUUCUUCAAUAUCCUUAUCCAGAUUCGGAGGACAACUCUCUCUCAGAGGGCUCCCAUUGUUGUCUCCAAGGAAUCUCAACAUCCAGGCGCUACCAGGGAGAGUGAGUUUUCAGACCAGGAGCCUGAGGUUGCUGGAGGGGAAGAAUCCAAGACUGAGAACCAGAAGAAUGCACCCAUUAACUGUGUUUGCCGCAAGCCCUAUAUCAACUGCUUCAUGAUCAGCUGUGACAACUGCUAUGAGUGGUUUCAUGGUGACUACAUCAAGAUUACAGAGAUGAUGGCAAAGCCCAGCCGAGAGUGGUACUGCCUGCAGUAUCAGGAAAAGGACCCAAAGUUGGGGAUCCUACACGAACACAACAAAACAUGCUGUGAUCGUGAUGGGGAACAUGAGGCUGAACCCAGGGAUGAUGCAGUCACCUCGCAGAGGAAGGUUGCCUCUGAUCUCUCAGUAGAGCCUGUGGGAAGUGGGAAAGCGACCAGCCCCAAGGGCUUCACGUCUCCCCACAAAGCCCUAGCACCUGGGCCUAUAAGAAAGGUACCCAACAAGCGGAUCAAACUGUCGGCUCGGAUGUGUGGAGAGUGUGAGGCCUGCCAAAACACUGAGGAUUGUGGCCACUGUGACUUCUGCCGUGACAUGAAGAAAUUUGGGGGCCCCAACAAAAUCCGACAAAAGUGCCGGCAGCGUCAGUGCCAGCUCCGAGCCCGGGAAUACUAUAAAUAUGUCCCUUCCUCGGCGAGUCUGGACCGUUUCCGGAAGUUAAAGGAGCCGCUAGAGGCCAUGACCACAUCUGAGGUGCUCUCGGAAGAGGACCCGGCUCCCGACCCCGAGCUCAACCGGGAUUUCUGUGCUGGUGCCUUUGAUGGCCGUACCUCACCAUGGUUGAGUGACCCUGGGGAUGCCCCUUUCCUGGAACCAAAACUUCGGAAGCGUGUGGUGAAAGUAAAACAUAUCAAACGCCAUAAGAAGGAGAAGUACAGGCGUCACCGGCAGAAGCAGAGGCACAAGGAUAAGUGGAAACACACCGAGCGCACCCAUUCCAAGGACCCAACCUCCUUUCCCCAGUGCCUGGGCCCCAGCUGCGUCCAGCCUGCCCGGCCAGGCUCCAAGUACUGCUGCGAUGACUGCGGCAUGAAGCUGGCUGCCUGUCGCAUCUAUGAGAUCUUACCCCACCGAAUCCAGCAGUGGAAGCAAAGCCCUUGUAUAGCGGAAGAACAUGCAAAGAAACUUCUGGAGCAGAACCGAAGGGAGCAGCAGGGGGCUCGGAUGCGCCUGCAGGACAUGGAACGCAACUCUCGCGAGCUGGAGGCUGUCAUCCUCAAAGCCAAGCAGCAGGUGGUGCAGGACGAGGAGAGUAAUGAGGAAGACAGCGAGGCCACGGACAUACAGAUCUUCUGUGUCUCCUGUGGCCUCUCUAUCAGCUCCAAGGUGGCACUGAGGCAUAUGGAGCGUUGCUAUGCCAAGUACGAGAGCCAGACAUCCUUCGGGUCGAUGUACCCCGCUGAUAUCGAGGGGGGCCCUCGACUCUUCUGUGAUGUCUACAACCCACAAAGCAAAACAUAUUGCAAGCGCCUGCGGGUCCUAUGCCCUGAGCACUCCAGGGACCCCAAGGUGCCAGAGGAUGAAGUGUGUGGCUGCCCCCUGGUACGCGAUGUGUUUGAGCCUACGGGAGACUUCUGCCGCCGGCCCAAAAGCCAGUGCAAUCAGCACUACUGCUGGGAGAAGCUUCUCAGGGCUGAUGUGGAUCAGGAGCGUGUGCGAGUGUGGUGCAAACUGGAUCAACUGUUUGAGCAGGAGCGAAACCUCCGAGUGGCCAUGGCGAACCGGGGCGGCCUGCUGGCCCUGAUGCUGCACCAGACCAUCCAGCAUGACCCCUUUACCGCAGACCUGCGUACCAACCCCGACCUCUGA